AUGUCAGGAGAUAAGAAAAGAUUGACAUACACAACAAUUAGACCAUCAUUCUUCGAUAUUACUGAGCCGACAGCGCCUGUUCAUAAAUGCGAAAUGAAAGGCUUUUAUAACAUGAUGGUUUUACUUAGCAGCUAUUAUAUUCUAAUUUCAUGCUACGUAAAAUUCAUGUCAGAAGGCUCAUUUUUCGAAGAAACUUUCUUUGACAACAUGAUAACUGAUGGAAAAUUCGUUAUCUUGAUCUGGCCAAGUGUAUUUCUUUAUUCUUGGCUGGCAUUUUUCCACCAGCUCCUUAUACUAGCAGGUCUUCCAAAAGCUAUUUCCUUCAUAGUUCAACACUCAUCUCAAAGCUUAAUGUUUUUGGUUUCAACUUACCUUGUUUUAACCCGAGACUGGGGCCUGCCUCAAACUUUAUUCGUAACAGGACUUUGCUUUACGCAUUUCAUGAAGAUGCACUCAUAUACCCAAGUAAACAGAGACCUCAGAGAAGACUGGCUUAAGAACCCAAAAGACUCAGCCUAUCCCAAGAAUAUUACAGCAUAUGACUACUUAAUCUAUUUAGUAAGACCAGUUUUAGUGUACCAGACCUCUUACCCAUCCAUUCCCAAAUUCCGAAUAAGUUACUUUCUAAAGAAGCUCACCUUGUUUUCUGUUCAGAUCGUCAGUUUGUAUAUAUGUGUAUCAGACCAUAUUCUUCCAAUUGUCAAAGAGAGGAACCCAUUCUUCACGUCCUGGAUGAAACUUGUGAUUCCAUGUCUCGCCUCAUACUGACUCUUGUUUUUCAUUAUUUUUGAACAAAUUUUGAACUUAUUUGCAGAGCUUUCUUUAUUUGGAGAUAGAGAAUUUUACCAGGAUUGGUGGAACUCGAAUACUUGGGCUGAUUUUUCAAGGAAGUGAAAUAGACCUGUCCAUCUUUUCUUAUACAAGCAUGUUUAUCUUGAAGCUAAGGAAAGAUGAAAAUUUACUGAGAAGAACUCGACGUACUUUACCUACUUUUUCUCAGCACUGUGCCAUGAAAUGGUGGUAGCGUUGGUUUGUAAAACAAUAAGACCUUAUUUGUCAAUUCUUAUGAUAUAAUUAAAAUAUGGCGUCUUUGUCUGGGCAUGGCCUCCCGGCCAUGCAGCCUCGACUCAUAUUUUAAUUAUAUCCGGCAAGGUUUUGCCAUUCUAGAAGUGAGCAGCAAUGCUAGGUAUACUAAUUGACCAAGAAUAGCCCACUAAGGAGCCAUUCUUGGUCUGCCAGAAAAAAUUUUGACAAAAGAUCCUAAUCUGCCAUUACCACUGAGUUUUGGUGUUUCCAAAUUUUUUGGGCAAGCCAAAUGCAAUAAAAAAAAUUGUUCUUUUGCAAUGAUGCAUUUGGCUUGUCAAAAAAAAAUUUGGCAACAUCAAAACUCAGUGGUAAUGGCAGAAAAGAUCCUAAUCUGCCAUUACCACUGAGUUUUGGUGUUUCCAAAUUUUUUUGACAAGCCAAAUGCAUCAUCGCAAAAGAACAUUUUUUUUUAUUGCAUUUGGCUUGCCCAAAAAAUUUGGAAACACCAAAACUCAGUGGUAAUGGCAGAUUAGGAUCUUUUUGUCAAAUUUUUUCUGGCAGACCAAGAAUGGCUCCAUAGUGGGCUAUUCUUGGUCAAUUAGUAUAAGCAAUUCUGGUUGUGUUCAGAGCCUAGCCCAAGCUUUUCUCCUGGGAUGGAUUUUACCUCGUAGGUAAAGGAGGCAAGUGGUUGGAAAUGGGAAGCCCAGCAGAGUCCACAUGACCCAUCGGGCAACUCUCUAGCGUGAAACCGGGCGUUACGUCCCGGGCUACUUUGUUUUUCCUUUUGCCGAGAGCCUACCAGAAAAUCCAUGUUUUGGAUUUUCGGAAUGGCAACUACGUCAAGGCACGGCCAGUAACUCACUCAUGAGUCGUCGAAGUCGGUAACACCCCUCCAAGCCUGCCCUGGUGGAUACAAAGCAGGUUGGACCGGCGGCCUGUGGGCUCGACAGGUGGAAGAGAAGGUGAUAGGUCCGGUUCUUGCUGACCUCCGUGGUGGACGUUAAGCGUAAUAAUUCUAAUGUAAUGUCAAUUCUUAUGAUGGCGCAGAUUCCUUUGGUGCUGAUUGCCAAAAUCGGUGGAAGAGAGUUUGGACUUAACUUGUUUUGGACUGGGAUUAUUGGAGGACCUUCCCUGCUGUGCACACUAUAUUCAAUCUCCUCAAUUUAUUAG